AUGAUAUCCAAUUUCAUCCUUGUCCUUUCUACAAUAGGAUAUUGUGUCCUAGUUGAAGCAUUCUCGUCUCCCAAUCCAGUGAAUGGAGCUCCAGUCCAACAAGCAUCUUCUGGAAUCGACCAGCUCCUGACGCAAUCAUUGCUAGCAUCUUCCACCGCUUCGAUUCACGUUGGUGGGUUAACUACGGCCUCGAAUGGGGUACAGAUAUGGCGUCAUGCCUUGGCAAAAGGUCGGGCACCCACAGAUUAUGACUUCUCAAUAAUCAACGAGCCGUGGCCUGCGGAGCCACUCUACUCGGCAGUUUGUCAGAAAUUGUUGGACCUGGAACUUCCUCGAUUUGCGUUGCGACAUCCUGAAACGAUUACUUCCAUCCUCAUCUCUUUGAUUCGAAUCACAAUCCAAUACAUGGAAACGACUCACAGUCUAAAUCGCGUCGAAGAAGACACAAGCGAGGAGAUGUCAGAAAGCAGCGACGGCUACCAGAGUGACAACACCGAGGAAGAGAAUGCAAUUGACACUUUUUCUUUUGAAGAUGCUAGAGUCGAUUUGGAUGAAAUCGCAGAGGAAAUUUCGAAUCUGCUUUCCGAUGAAUGGAGUGGUGUUAUUGGUGGAGUUAGUAUCUUGGACCAACUUUUUGGCUUCGAUCACGGCCUUCUUAGUGUCAGUACAACCUCGGAUUUAGGCUCAGCGAACAGUUUUGGAUUACAAGACGGUAUCUGGCAGAAUACUGGAUGGCAAGUGGUACAGCAGUUGCAAGCUGAGAUCUCGAACAUGCCUGAGCUUUUGGAUUUCUUGAAAGUGAUUGGAAGAAGACCAACGGUUGAAAACAGCGACAAGAUGCAACUUUUUUCUCCAAGGAAGCCAAAGGCGGACGGUUCGAUGGGGGCACAAUUUGAUCCUAUAGAGAAAGAUUUUAUGAACGGAUUAACGUAUUCUGAUAGCUUUUCGGAGAUGCUGCCUUCUGAAGCGAUGCUACUUCGAGGGUCACAUCCAGUCUUGAGACGGCUGUUCUUGGCCAAGAAGGUUCAGUCAAAAUUGUUGAGUUACCAAAUGUCUGGCUGGGCUGACAUUCCAAGCAUUCCGCAAACAAGGCCAAUCUAUACCAAGCGAUUGCCUAGUGCACCUGGAGGACCAAUAACUCUGUGUUUGGAUACAUCGUAUUCCAUGGAGGGAAGAAGAGAAAUUCUUUCAAAAGCAGUUGUCUUGGCUUGCGUAUCACAAGCGCACAAGCAGGGACGGAGGUGCCAAGUUGUCGCCUUUUCCAACGAGCGGGAUGUCAUGGAAUCAGGAGAAAUAACCGCUGAUCCUACGGGAAUCCAUCGUUUAUUGGAGUUUUUAUCACAUAGCUUUGGAGGAGGGACCGACGUUACUGGCGCUUUAAAACACGUCAUGAAAACCCUUGACAACGAUGAAAUGGCAGAUGCUGACAUUGUGCUCAUUUCAGAUGGUGAGAUCCCAGAUCCUCCCAUCCCCUUAGAGCUUAUGACUCAGCUUGAAAGCCUUACAGUACGGAGAGGGGUUCAAGUUCAUGGCCUACUCGUUGGCAAACAAGAGAGCAUACCACUUUCAAAGAUUUGCUCAGAGACUUAUGACUUUUUGUUUGAAUACGAAUCGAUGGGACUACUCGGAGGCUCUCAUCCACGUGAUGUUGAACUCUAUUCUACUCCCUUUCAUUCGUCGAGUAUAGGGCGAUCAGGAAGAACGAGGAACUUCUUCAAUUCGAGGAGAACACAGAGAAGAGGAGGAGCAAUUGCAGCAAAGAGGCCAUCGUAUGACGACGACGGAGGACGGAGGACAAAAAAGCGAAAGGGAGAGUUUGAUGAUGACGAUGAAGACUACGUCAAUGGAUGGGACGACAAAGAAACUGAAGUGUUGUCGACAAAAAGCCCAAACGCAUCUCUAGAUUCAGGGCAGGCCUAUUUGGAUGAAGUGAACAAAGCUGUUCAGAUCCUCAAUGACCAGGCUAAAUCAUUUGUGAAUUCAAAGCGAUGGAAUGAAGAGCAACUGGUAGCAGAGAGAAAUGACGAGCAAUCAUGCUGGAGAUAUCAACCUAAGCUUCAAGCCGCAAUCGACAUGAUAGGCGAGGGUUUAGUCGAAAGACAGGAUGAAAGUCGCCUAGUGGUUCUAUCUAUGCUUGCAGACGAGCACAUAUUACUUCUUGGAGUCCCUGGAACGGGGAAGAGUGUCCUUGGUCGUCGCCUGGCUCGACUCUGUAAUGGAAGAUUCUUUCAGCGACUGCUGACUCGAUUCACCACGCCGGAUGAAUUGUUUGGUCCUUUGUCUUUGCAAGCACUAGAGAACGACGAGUACCGUCGAUGUACAGCUGGAUUUCUUCCGACUGCUACAGUUGCAUUUUUGGACGAGAUUUUCAAGGCCAAUAGCGCCAUCCUCAACACUCUAUUGACCAUUCUAAAUGAACGAAAAUUUGACAAUGCUGGCGGCCAAGAAGAUUGCCCUAUACGGUGUGUUGUUGGCGCAUCUAAUGAAUUGCCCGAAAGCGACGAGCUUGUUGCUUUGUAUGAUCGAUUUCUCAUCCGGAAGGAAGUGACACCCGUAUCAGACGAAGGCGUGAUGACAUUGCUUUCAUUGCGAAACCCAGCUGGUACAGCGCCUUGUGAUUCCAAUGACCAGUCCUCUUGCGAUGUUUUGAUUUCAAAUGACCUGCAAGAAAUCACAGACAAGCUAUCAACUGCUGCAAAUUUAGUGGCGAUGGAAGAUCAUGUUUGCCGUGUCAUUGUGGGUCUGAGAACAUAUUUGAGGGACGAACUAUCAGUUCAGAUCAGUGAUAGAAGGCUACUGAAGGCUGCACAACUCCUUAGACUCAGUGCAGCGUCACAUGGACGCCAAAACGUUGACACGGUGGAUUGUCUUUUGCUCCAACAUUGCAUGUGGCAACUUCCAGAAGAGAAAAAGAGCGUGACGGAAUGGUUGCUGGAAAAUUUGACCCCUGGUACUGAUAUGCAGCAGUUUCGUUACUUGCUUGAGAAUCUUCGCAAAGAAAUACAAACUUCGAUACGAAAGACAUCUGGGGAUAUCUCAGGUGACUAUGGAGCUCGGGAAGCUGAUUUGACAGUCAUUGAAGACCUUCGAAAAGAGAUCGAGAAGAUCGUUGCUUUGUUACAGUGGCACCACAAAGAUCUGCUGCGGCAUAUUCAAUUGCUUCAAGACUCAUCCUCGUUUCUUUGGAUUGAUCCGGAAGAGCUCAUGAGCGCAAAACAACUCAUGUUGCCUAGGGCGGAAGCACUAUCCGUUCAAGUGGAAAAAGUGUUGAUCGAUGCAGUAUCUCUUCAACUAUCGAUAACCAAUGAACCGAACGACAUCUCUCCAGAACACCGCCUUUCCGUGAUUGAGGAGCUAUGGGAUGAAGAAGCUGCUCAACGGAUUCAGUUCACCAAAGAAGAAUUGGACUUGGACAUGAGGGAGGCCAAGGCUAAGUACGACCUCGAGACAUUUCGAAGUUGGAAGCGAGCAAAGAAGAAGGCUCAAAAGUAG